AUGUCUGCCACGGAGGUUGCUGGCUUGUCAACGACCUUCAAUAGCGGUCGAGACGGGCCCCCGGAUCUCCGGCUCCUUCAUUACAACGACGUUUAUCAUGUAGAAACCAACUCUGCAGACCCCGUUGGAGGGACCCCGCGUUUCCAGACCCUCGUCAACUACUAUAGAAACCAUUCCAAGUUUGCUGGUCUACCUGAGCUGCUAACAUUUUUCUCCGGUGAUGCAUUUAAUCCCAGCCUGGAGAGUACCGUUACCAAGGGUCGCCAUAUGGUUCCAUUUCUGAACCGCGCGGGUACAAAUGUUGCAUGUGUUGGUAAUCACGAUCUUGACUUUGGCAUAGCGCAGUUCAGACAUUUGCGUAGCCAAUGCAAAUUUCCCUGGCUGCUGGCGAACGUCCUGGAUCCCACGCUGGGAGAGGGGGUCUCGUUAGCUGGAUGCGAGAAAACAUGUAUGCUAGUAUCCUCGAAUGGGAUUAAAAUCGGCGUCAUUGGUCUAGGGGAGAGAGAGUGGCUUGCAACAAUCAAUUCCCUGCCCCCGAAUCUCAUCUACAAGUCCGCAUCCGAAACGGCAAAAGAGCUGGUGCCUGCGCUGCGCGAACAAGGGGCCGAGAUUGUCAUCGCCAUCACCCACCAGCGAGAACCGAACGACAACAAGCUAGCAAACAAUCUACCAGAAGGGCUGGUCGACAUCAUCCUAGGCGGCCACGAUCAUUACUAUCUGCACAAUAUCAUCAAUGGAGUGCAUGUUUUACGCUCGGGAACAGACUUUAGGCAAUUUAGCUACAUAGAGGCGUGGCGGAGAAAAGGCGGCCCUGGAUGGGAAUUCACCAUCACUCGACGAGAUGUCGUUCGUUCAAUUCCCGAGGACCCUUCGACCGUCCACUUAGUAGAGAAGUUGACGUCCUCGUUACAGGCAAAGCUCCAAAAGCCAAUUGGAUACACAGCUACUCCUCUUGAUGGUCGAUUUUCUACCGUCCGGACUGGUGAAUCAAACCUUGGGAAUUUCGUUUGUGACCUGAUGCGGUUCUAUCACGGAGCAGAUUGCGGCCUGAUGGCUGCCGGAACAAUCCGCGGCGACCAAGUCUACCCUCCUGGCGUCCUUCGCGUCAAGGAUAUCUUAAAUUGCUUUCCCUUUGAAGACCCAGUGGUUGUGAUAAAAAUAACCGGAUUAGCUCUUCGUGGAGCCCUCGAGAAUGGGGUCAGCCAACUUCCGGCUUUGGAAGGCCGUUUCCCCCAAGUCUCUAACAUUCGGUUUGCAUUCUCUACUUUGAAGCCACGUGGUUCCAGGGUACUUUGGGCGAAGGUGGGUGGAGACGAGCUUGAUGACCAGAAGAUGUACACGGUGGCAACAAGAGGAUACAUGGCAAGAGGAAAGGAUGGGUUUUCGACCUUGCUUGUUCAGAGCGAGGGCGGCAGCGCGGAAGAAGUGGUGUCUGAAGAAGAUGGGUUACUGAUCAGCACCAUUCUCCGGCAAUACUUCCUCAGCCUGAAGGUUCUGGGGAAGUGGCAUAGGUUUAGUCGAAGCCUCCAUCGUCACUGGGAAGGCGUGCACCAGCAGUUGCAUUGUGACGGUUGGAUUCGAUCCCCAAGCGCACAAUCUGUGACACCAAAUGUGAAAUCGACUACCACCGCUCGAAGUCCCUCGCCAACCCCUAGUUUUCAUUAUGUCGCCCGGAGACGACUCGCAGGCCCUGCGAAGAACAUUCGUGCUGCAUCACCUAGCGUCGAUGAUGAUAGUGAGGGCAACCUCAUGGAUACGGAGUCCGACUCGGAAGCUGAAAUUCUUUCGCGACCACGGACUUAUAUCACGAAACUGGCCACAUCACCAGAUGACGCGGACCACCGAGAACAUCUUGCGCGGCAAGUCCUCCGCCGAUGGCGCCAGAAGGUCGGAUUGAACGAUGCCAAGGUGCAAACUGUUGGGGACGCACAGGAUGACAAGUUUCCGCCCUGGACCAGAGUCAUCGCACCAAAGCUUGAAGAUAGAAUCAUUCGCGCAGAUUAG